GUAAAUUUCUGGCCCUUUCCCAUGUGUUCAGGUGGCAGCUAACACUUUGGGGAUUUGAUUAUGGACGAGGUGGUCUGGUUGGAAGCCUCUGGAUAAGAAACAUCUUUCUGAAGCUGGGGCCCUCCCCCUGUCUCACUGGGGCAGGAGUGGGCAGGUUUGGAGCGAAGCUCUUCCCCUUUCCCAGCGGCGGUUGAUGAAGAAACCCCACGUCGCCCACACAUCCUGUCCACUUGUCUCUGCUGCGGGGCUCUGACCUUCCACCCCAGGACCAUGACCCCCUACCCCACCGCCCUGCUGGGCCUCGUGCUCUGUCUGGGCCCGACGAUCCCCGCGCAGACGGCUCACGUCCAGCACCGCCGAGGUGACCCCGAGCCUUCCGCGUCAGCCCGAGGCCCCCGGCGCCCCCGGCGGGGCAUGUUAGAGGCACGAAGGGCGGGAUCUGAGCUUCUUCCAACCGCGCCUUCUCUGUCCCCGAGGCACCUUCACAGACCGUCCAUCUCAGCCAAGCCCGGCCCUGUGGUCCGCCGGGGGAGCUCGGUGACCUUCGUGUGCCGGGGCCCUUCCAGCGUGGACACAUUUCGCCUGGAGAAGGAGAGAGGGCCCUUCAACGAGACAAUGUUUGAAAAGGAGUCUCAUCACAAUGAGACAGAGGCCAUAUUCCCCAUCGCCUCAGCGAGUGAACACCACGCAGGACGUUAUCGCUGCAUCUAUCUGAAAAGGUCCGUGUGGUCUGAGCGCAGCGAAUUCCUGGAGCUGAAGACACCCCUGGCCCGUCAGGCCUGCAGUCUGAGCACCUUUACAUUCUCGUUGGGGUGUCCGUGGCCUUUCUGCUCUGCGUCCUCCUCCUGGGCCUCUUCCUCCUCCACCGUCAGCGUCGUGGAAAGCGCAGGACCCCCAGCAGCGAGAGCGAGGAGCAGAAGCCGCAGGAGAGGCUCAGCCCAGGUGUUGAUGCCCUACAGAGAGCACCAGGUGCGGCCGCAGAGGAGAGACUCCCUGAGGACAGAGAGGCGGGCCCCCCAGCUCCAGCUGCAGGAGACCCCCAGGAGGUGAUGUAUGCUCAGCUGAACCACCAGACACUCACACAGGGGGCAGCCCGAGCUGUGUCCCCACAGCCCACAGGGCCCCCAGCCGAGUCCAGCACAUACGCAGCCAUUUCCAGACGCUGACCCUGGGCCCACGUGCACCUGCUCCCUGGGGACCCAGGAAGUCACCCUUGGGGAGCCUUCCCAGUGGCAUGAUCCCUGCCUGGAAAGCCGGCAGCCACAUCUCCUGGGACAGAGGUGGAGCCUGGAGGCCCCUGACCCACCUCUAAGAGAUCCACCCACCAGGGGAUCCCUCCCCCAGCUGAUGAGCUCUCUGGAGAGACCCUGCGGCAGCUGUUUCCACUGACCUGUCACAGGAGCGGAGCUGCUCCCAGAGACCCAGCUACAGCCACCCAUUGGGCCUGAUGUCCCCUAUACAUUCCUGACUGCCCCCCGAGACUCCAUGUAAAUUAUGUUCUCAGCCAACCCUGGAGGGCUUCCUGGAGUGUACCCACUGGUCUUGAGACUGUGUUGUCCUCAUCCAACUGGAAACUGAGACCCAAUCCCUGGGCCAUGCUUUCCUCUGUCCACCAAUAAAUAUUUUCUGAGGCCCAAGCUACAGCAGCAGUCACUUAGCUCUGGUGUUCUGUGAUCGAGUGAGUGUGUCAGCAGCGAAUGAUGAGGCCUCAGAUGGGCUGGGUGGCCGGGUGAGGGCAAAGAGCUUGGCCUCACUUACGACAGCCCCCAGGAUCAAGACGCAUGCACACACGUAUAACACAUAUAGAUGCACACACACUCACAAGCAUGCCACAGACAUCUGCACACAUGCACACCCAU